AAAUUUCGGCACUGCCGCGAUUGGUCAAAACUUUCUCGUCGUCAUCGAAGUUUUUUCACUCCCAUAGCACUUCAGUGUUGUAAUGUCUCAUUUGUACUUGAAGGGCAUAAACUCGUGACCUGUCUUUCAGCUACGCUAGUCACAACUUCACCAGGAGACGUACGAAAGUUUUGCAGAGAUGUCAUCCCCGACUGAUCUACGGGACAGUGGUUCACCCGAAGCAGUGAGUCGAGACCGAGCGAUGGAGGAGCGCAAAGCCCAAGUAUCAAGUCACCCAUUCAGCGUGGAAUCGCUAAUGUCAGGCUGUAAGAGUCACAAGGAGUCGCCAGCUAAAGCAGAGGACGCAUCGUGGAACAAUUUUGUACGGACACAUUCCGUUCUGUAUCCCGGUAGAGACACGUGCAGUCCGGAGGGAAUGAGAACGCACAUCACUCCAACUUCACCGGUCAAACUCGAGUCGCCGGAGUCGGAAGACGAUUGCAGUUCUUGGGCAGCAAACUCCAAAUUCUCAUCACAGCAACGCGUGAGUGCUGCCUGUCUGCUGCGAAAGCACAAGACCAACCGCAAACCUCGCACACCCUUCACUACCUCGCAGCUGCUGGCCCUGGAGAGAAAGUUCCGGCAGAAGCAGUACCUGUCCAUCGCCGAGCGGGCCGAGUUCUCCAGCUCGCUCACGCUCACCGAGACCCAGGUGAAGAUCUGGUUCCAGAACCGACGGGCCAAGGCCAAGAGACUGCAAGAGGCCGAGCUGGAGAAGCUCAAGAUGAGCUCCAAGCCCCCGUUGCCCCCAGCCUUCGGCCUGCCUUUCCCCCUCAGUGCUAUGUCUCUGUAUGGACAGACGUACCCCUAUCACAGGCCCCUGGUGCCCCUGGCCCCCACCGCACUCUACGGCACGCCACUAGGCUACAGCAUGUACCCCCUCUCUUGAGAGACACAGACACAGUGUGUGUUGUGCUUCUUUUUAAAGGUAGCUUGUAUAAUCUUUUUGUUUGUUUGCUUUUUUUUGUGUGUGGACAGUUCAUAAUUGCCCAGCUGUCGGAGGGUUUCUGUCUCAAACAAGAUGGAUUAUGAAGCUACAAACCUUGUCCUGACGAAGACUGAUCUGCUUGUCUUUUUGCGUUGCCUAUGGAUGGAUUUUCUUUUCACAAAGCCAAAUGACUGCCACAGUCUCACAACCAGCGCCUUUUGUUUGGUAGAGUAUUUCAACAGCACUUCCUAAGCAGGCCAUGAUGUCCCAUGGACAUUUGUGUACAGAAACGGUGCCAUGGGAAUAUUGCAUUCUGUCUUUGGCCAUAAUGUCGUUCCCUUUUCUGAUAUUGUGAUGAGAUUUUUUUUUAUUAUUUAAAGUGAAGUUUUAGUCAAGUUGAACUUGUCUCUACUCCAAAUUAAGUGGGUUGGAUUUUUACUGGGUACCAGACCAAAACAAACUAUUAUCGAGGUGUACUUCAUGAAAAUGUAAACUAGAGUUUUAUUUUCUGUGAAUUUGUUCUUUUUACUUAAAAAUGUCAAAUUCUCCUGGCGCGACAGUCAGCAGUGUUUGCUUCAUUUUAGUUUUAUUUAUUUCCUUAUAUCAGAGAGGUGGCUGGUCGGAGUCACAGAUUUGAGAGCUAUAUUUUAUCUGUAUUUAUACUGUCAAUUUUAACUGAAUCCCAAUUUGAAGGGGUCAGCUUUGUUACACAAUUUGUUCACAAUUUAUAAACCUAUAAAAACAUCUA